AUGAGCAUUCAGAACCUGGCCAGUUACGACCCUUUUGCGGACGUUGGUGACGAGCUUGCCCCCAAAGAACUCGCUGAGGAAACGAAGAAGACGUCGCAGGUGAACAGCUACGUCCACAUUCGUAUCCAACAGCGCAAUGGUCGCAAGACUCUGACGACUCUUCAGGGCCUUCCCAAAGAAUACGACCCGAAGAAGCUUCUCAAGGCGUUCAAAAAGGAGUUUGCUUGCAAUGGCACCCUUGUCGAUGACGAGGAACUUGGCCAGGUCAUCCAACUUCAAGGCGAUCAACGUCAAAAGAUUUCGAUGUUCUUGAUUGAGGAAGGCAUUCCCAAGCAAGAUGUCAAGGUGCACGGUUUCUAA